UUUGGUUAUUUCUGUUUCUUUUUUGGUUUAAAACUCUACCUAACUGAUUGCAUAGCAGAUUUUCUUAUAUACCUUGGAGAUGUCAUUACGACCAACAAUAUACCAAUUGCAAAUGCCAGCUUGUACUGGGAUCAGGCAAUCUCUCCAACAAAAUCCAGAGGUAUUCCGUUUGCCAAUGUGUUUGGAAACCACGACGACGCACCAUUUGAAUGGCCAAAGGAGUGGUUUCCAGCCCCUGAAAUUCCUCAACUUAUUUGCCCAGCAGUCAACUCAACACAUUCAGGAGAAGAAGCAUGUAGCUUCAGAGGCACACAGCGUAUUGAGCUGAUGAAACAUGAGAUUGAGCAUAAUUUGCUAUCUUAUUCUAGCAAUGGUCCUAAAGCGCUUUGGCCAAGUAUAUCCAACUAUGUUAUCCAAGUCUCAUCAUCAGAUGAUCCAAAGUCACCCGUAGUAUACCUGUACUUUUUAGAUUCUGGUGGCGGGUCCUAUCCACAAGUUAUCUCAAAUGCUCAAGCAGAAUGGUUCCAGAACAAAUCUGAAGAGAUCAACCCUAACUCAAGUGUGCCCGAGCUAAUAUUCUGGCAUAUCCCAAGUCAAGCAUAUAUCAAAGUUGCUCCACAGUUUGGAAUUCACAGGCCCUGUGUAGGCUCAAUUAACAAAGAAAAUGUUUCUUCUCAAGCAGCUGAAUUGGGUAUCAUGGAACUUCUUGUUAAAAGGCCUUCUGUCAAGGCAAUAUUUGUUGGACAUAACCAUGGAUUGGAUUGGUGCUGCCCCUAUGAGAAACUCUGGCUCUGUUUUGCUAGGCAUACUGGUUAUGGUGGCUAUGGAGACUGGCCUAGAGGAGCUAGAAUUAUAGAAAUCACUCAGCAGCCUUUCUCCUUUAGAACUUGGAUAAGGAUGGAGGACAGUGUAGUAUAUAGCAAAGUUGUGCAUGGAAGUGCCAAUCAAUUGAAUUACAAAGCUUUUAACCAAAUGAUAGUUAUUUUGUUAUAUUAUUUUAUGUGUUUAAUUUUUUAAUUUUUGUUAAGAAUAUAAAGAAAGAGAAUGAGAAGUGAGAAUUGUUUGUAUA